GCUUUUAAAAAGAACCAACUCCCCUCCAAAAAAACUCCAGGAUCCCCCUCUUUUCCUCCUCUCAUCCUUCCCGCUUCCAACUCGGUGAGUGAGGGUUCCGGGAGUCCGAUGGAGGGCUUUGACGAUUGGGGUCUAAGCGCCGAACAACUCGACUUCCUUGAGGAGGACGCCAAGAGGAAGAUCUCCGAGAGGAAAGCCUCCUCCGCCGCCGCCUCCGCCUCCUCUUCCCCCCUUCCGUCUCGGACCACCGACCCCGAUCAUUCCCCUCAUAAGGGUUUCCAGCAGCCUCCCUCGAAAACCUUCUUGGAGUCGCGCUAUAAAAAGGUAGAAACCUGUUCUCCUUCAAGAUUGUGCCCAUCAGAUAUGUCUAAAGAAACUGAGAACCAUAGUGAAGCUGACCUGCCUAAGCUCUCUGUCAGAAUGUAUCUUCAUGUUAGUGGCGCCAUUGCUGCAAAGUUUCCUUACCAUCAGGUAGUCGUAGAGGCUUUUCACAAGAUUCCUAAAGCUAGCUGGCAUGGAAAAGAAAGGCUGUGGAUGUUCCCUCCAUCUUCCCUGGCGACCGCUGAAGAAGUUCUUAAUUCAGUGAAUGGUGCAAUUAUCGAGGUCCAGAAGCUAGAUCCUCUAGUUCACCGUGCCCUUGCUGCUGCCUAUGCUGCUCCAGAUCUUCGAGUUUUAUAUGACAGGAUGCCAAGUUAUAUCGAAUCAAAACUCCUGCCAUUCCAGAGAGAAGGAGUUAGGUUUGUGUUGCAGCAUGGUGGACGAGCUCUUUUAGCAGAUGAGAUGGGUCUUGGGAAGACAUUGCAGGCAAUUGCUGUGGCUGCAUGCAUGCACGAUGACGGGCCUGUUCUUGUUAUCACCCCAUCUUCCUUGCGUUUACAGUGGGCUUCUAUGAUCCGGGAGUGGCUUAACAUCCCUUCAUCAGAUAUACUGGUGGUCUUAUCUCAAUAUGGAGGAUCAAACAGGGCAGGAUUCAAGAUAGUCUACUCAAACCUAAAGGCAGCAAUUCAUUUGGAUGGUGUUUUCAACAUAAUCUCAUAUGAUGUAGUUCCUAAGAUACAGGAUAUACUCCUAGCUUCAGAGUUUAAGAUUGUAAUUGCGGAUGAGUCUCAUUUUUUGAAGAAUGCUCAAGCUAAGAGAACAAAUGCUUCCCUGCCAGUUCUGCAGAAGGCUCAAUAUGCAAUUCUGCUGAGUGGGACUCCUGCUUUAUCGCGACCUAUUGAGUUGUUCAAACAGCUCGAGGCAUUGUAUCCUGAUGUGUACAAAAAUGUUCAUGAGUAUGGGAAUCGGUAUUGUAGGGGUGGUUUUUUUGGGUUGUACCAAGGUGCAAGCAACCAUGAAGAGCUGCAUAAUUUGAUGAAAGCAACUGUUAUGAUACGUAGGUUAAAAAAAGAUGUUCUUUCACAACUACCAGUGAAGCGUAGACAGCAGAUCUUCCUAGAUUUGAAUGAGAAAGAUAUGAAACAAAUCAGGGUUUUAUUUUUGGAGGUAGUCAAGGCCAACAUCCAAGCCUGUGAUUCCAAUGAAAAGAUUGAAUCACUAAAAUUUACUCAAAAAAAUCUUAUCAACAAGAUCUAUAAUGACUCAGCUGAAGCCAAAAUUCCAGCAAUUCUGGAUUACUUGAAUACCGUGAUUGAGGCAGACUGCAAAUUCUUAAUAUUUGCACAUCAUCAAUGUAUGAUUGAUGCAAUACACCAAUUCUUGCUUAAAAAGAAAGUCAGCUGUAUUAGAAUUGAUGGUGGUACACCAUCAUCAUCAAGGCAAGCUUUAGUCAAUGACUUUCAGGAGAAGGAUAAUAUUAAAGCUGCAGUUCUCUCUAUUAAAGCUGGAGGUGUUGGAUUGACUUUGACAGCAGCAAGUACAGUUAUCUUUGCUGAGUUGUCCUGGACUCCAGGUGAUAUAAUUCAAGCAGAAGAUCGUGCUCAUCGGAUUGGGCAGGCGUCAUCAGUUAACAUAUACUAUCUUCUAGCUAAUGACACUGUUGAUGACAUAAUCUGGGAUGUUGUCCAAAGCAAAUUGGAGAAUUUGGGCCAGAUGCUUGAUGGCCAGGAGGAUGCAUUACGUGUGUCUACCAGUCAAACAAGCAACAGCCUUGUAAAACAGAAAACAGUGGACAGCCCAAGGAAGCAGAAAACAAUUGACUCCUUCCUAAAACGCUGUCAUGUUACUACAGAUUCUCAGCCUAAAACCAAGAACCCUAAGUUCUGAAAAAGGCGUUGGUGCAUUUUCGUAAUGUGUAUUUUUUUGUAAGGCAUAUGGUAUCGACCCAACUUUUCGGCCUCCCUGUCAGUAUUACUAAGAAAGCUGUAAUAUAUUAAAAUAGAUGGAUCACCUGUAAAUGAUUGCACGUGGGGUGGCUGAUGAGUAGGGUUUAAAAAAAAAAAUGAAAGAAAACUUGUAAUAUAUUCUUUAUUUCUCUUCCA